AUUUCUUGAGGCAGCAAUAAUUGAACACUGAACGACGUCAACUCGUAUUCCUUCUUCUAUAAAUAGUAAUGUCCUCUCCCUUCUUCUUCAACUCGAUCCUCACACAUUCACGCAUUCUUCUUCAAUUCUUAUACAAUUACCGCAAUUCUUCCUUCAAUUCUUCUAUAAAUUCCUACAUUCUUUUUCAACUCUUCUACAAGAUUACAAACACGUACACCAUUCUUCCUUAACUCAACAUCAUAAUUCAGUGUCGAAUUUCGGGCUGAAAUUUGUCAAAUCGAAGUUUCGGGGUAGAUUUGUACCUAUUCUGGCCGAAUUUGGAGGUCUUGGGGUUUUCUUCAGCUUGUUAAGAUCAACAUCUUAACCAUCAUCAGCCUCGCAUCAUUCUCUUCUAAACCAGGAAAUUCAAAUAUGGGUUACAAAGAUGGAUUAGUAAGUUGUAUUAUGGUUCUGUGUUUAGUUUGCCUAGCAUAUAGGGUAUAUGCUGAUAGUUAUUUAAUAGAUUGUGGGGCAACUAGUAAUACUACUAUUGGUAAUCGGGUUUUCCUUGCCGAUAGAUAUGCCGCAAAAUACCUUUCCACUCGUCCAAACAUUCUUGUGAAAACUUUGUCUGAAAACAAUUUGUUGUAUCAUACAGCUAGAGUGUUUAGAAAUUUAACGAGUUAUACAUUUCCUAUAAGCCAAACAGGGAGAUAUUUCAUUCGUUUUCAUUUCUUUCCCUUUACUUCCAAGAGUUAUGAUUUGAGCUCCGCGAAGUUUAUGGUUUUUGCUCAACAGUUUAAGCUGCUUAAUGAGUUUUCACCACCAAAAGUUAGUGUUGUUAAAGAAUAUUCAGUUUUGGUGAACACAAAUAGACUUACCAUUCUCAUAGUACCCACCGUAAAUUCCAUCGCCUUUCUGAAUGCCAUUGAAGUCUUUUUAGUUCCUGAUUCAGUGACCACAGAUUAUGCAACAUUAAUUAAUCCACUGCCAGGCUACAAAGACCUUGUUACAAUGGCUUUAGAAACAUUUUACCGGGUAAAUAUGGGAGGGUCGAAUAUAGACUUUGAUGGUGACAAAUUCUGGAGAAGUUGGAUUCAAGAUGAUAGGUUUUUAGAACAAAAAGACCUUUCUAUAGAUAUCCACAAAUAUGGAGCUGCUAAUUCCAGUGGCCUUGUUGCACCAUUAGUUGUCUAUGAGAGUUGUAGAGAACUCAACUCCCAAAAUGAUAUCAUUGCCAACGUGUCAUGGAACUUCAGUGUGAAUCGAGGUUUCCAGUAUUCUCUUCGUUUUCAUUACUGUGAUAUAGUGAGUACAUCUCCGGACGAAUUGUACUUUAAUGUUUAUGUAGAUUCGUUGAUGAUUUCUGAAGACCUUGACCUUACUAGUUUAGCCAAGGGGAGUUUGGAUACUCCUGUUUAUUUGGAUUAUAUCACACCCGAGCUAACAACCAAUACACUUAGGGUAAGCAUUGGCCCAACUGCUGGGGCACAGAACCAACCUAAUGCUAUUUUGAAUGGGUAAAUUUUUAAAGUGAGUAAUGAAGAGAAAAACCUAGAUGAUGAAGCUGAUAUCACUUUAUCGAAUUUAAGUCCCAAGCCCAAGCAGAAGGUCGGUGUGAUAGUGGGGGUGGUUAUUGGAAUUUUGUCCCUCCUUCUUUUGGCUACAAUUUUGUUGAGGUUUUACAAAAAGAGAAGCAUCAAUAAUUCAACUCAAACUGAUGAAUUCGACCCAACCCCAAUCCGUUGAUCCGAUUUGACAUCGUUGGAUACAAUUUUUUUGAGGUUUUACUAGUACAUCUAUAUCACAGUAAUGAAACAAAUAAAAUACUGGAAACCUCGAUUCACACUGAAGUUCCAUGAGACGUUGGCAAUGAGAUCAUUUUGGGGGCUGAGUUUUCUACAACUGUCGUAGACAACUAGUGGUGCACCAGGCCACUAGUAUAAUUAGCAGCUCCGUUUUUUUGGAUAUCUACAAAAAGGUCUCUUUACUGUCUUCAUGAAUGUGUGGAUAUUGCUGAAGAGUGUGUGGUUGCGAGUGUUCUUAGGCGUUCUACAGGAGAUGUUGUGUGCAGACUGGAGAAAGUGCUACAAAUAAUGUCUGCAGAGGCUGGCGUAGAACACACGGAUGCUAGCAGCGCAAAUGUUUCUCUGUCAGAUGUCGAGGAUCUUGCUCCUUUGUCUAUAAGCAGGGUAUUCACUCGGAUGGCGAGGUCAAUCAGUCAAUGAACAGGACAAUGCAUUAAGGAUAGGGAUCAGAACUGGAGCAGCAGCAGUGAAGACAUGCACGAUAUGAAACAGGCUUUCUCUCAUGUCGAGCUUUAGCAGUAUAUAUUAUCAUCAAUGUUGAGUAGGAGCCAAAAACAAUUGCUUGUGUUGGAAAAGUUCUUGAAAAACAGGAAGCUGGCACUGCUUAGGAUGUUGCUACACAAACAAAAGCUAUUGCAGGAGUACGCCAAUGCUUUGCCUUAUCUGAAGGGUUGAACUACUAAGAUGGAUGAUAUUGUCGUCCUUAGCUUUAGAUAUAGUAUGUUGUUUGCAACUUGCAAGUGCUUACUGGAGUCUUGAACUACUAAUACUAAGAUGGAUGAUACUGGCAACAUAUUUCUCAGUGGUAGUAAAGGAGAAUAGCAAUUACAUAUAUCUGCUAUGAGAUUGUUGAUGUCAUCUUUUGAUAUGUGGAGAAUUGUAAUUCAUACACUUUUCCUCUUCGUUUUUACUCAAUCUGUGUAGAUGUUGUUUCCAAAUUUCAGUUUCAACUUUUAAGGAGAUAAGCAUAAACAUGGGGCACAACCUUUUCAUUUUUUCCCAUUAAGGACCUGUAACUUUUUUUUUCCCCACCUGUUUAGGACCUACUAUUCACUUUCCGGUCAAAAUUAACCAAAUCAAAUAAAAGUUUAGUCCCUUGGAUUAGGUA